GCGGCCGGGUCCCGGUCCGCUUGCAGACCUCCAUCAGAACCGGUGCCUCAGGAUGCCGGGCCGGGAGGAGCUGAGCGAAGACAAACCCAGGGUCCGGAUGCUGUGCCCGGGCGUCGGCCUGGACAAGGCCCGGCUGCCCGGCUCCGGGUUCCGCUCCAAAGGCUUCGCCAUCACCGACCUGCUCGGCCUGGAGUCGGACCUCCACGCGCGGCAGCAGCAGCAGCAGGCCGCCGGGCCGCCCGGUUCGGGGCUGUCCGCCUCAGCGGGUCCGGGGCCCGGGGCGGAGCCUCCGGGCGCGGCGGGCGGCCUGGGCGGCUUCUCGUUCCCGGGGGGCUCGCUGCCGCUGGGGCUGGGCUUCCUGUGCAGCCUGGCGGCGCAGCAGCCCGCCGGGGCUCCGUGCUUCCUGCCGGGCCACCUGCCGCUGCUGCAGGCCCGGCCCGACGGCCACUACCUGCAGAACCUGGAGGCCCAGAGGGAGCCCUACUCCGAUGAAGAGUGCCUGUCGGACAGAACCGACUCCAAAAGUUCCGGAAAUUCGCAGAAGAGGAAGAAGAGGAGACACAGGACGGUGUUCACCUCCCACCAGCUGGAGGAGCUGGAGAAGGCCUUCCAUGAGGCCCACUACCCGGACGUGUACGCCCGGGAGAUGCUGGCCAUGAAGACGGAGCUGCCGGAGGACCGGAUCCAGGUGUGGUUCCAGAACCGGCGGGCGAAGUGGCGUAAGCGUGAGAAGUGCUGGGGCCGCAGCAGCGUCAUGGCGGAGUACGGCCUGUACGGCGCCAUGGUCCGCCACUCCAUCCCGCUGCCAGAGUCCAUCCUGAACUCGGCCAAGAACGGCAUGAUGGGAUCCUGCGCCCCCUGGCUGCUCGGUGAGCCGCAUGCACGUAUGCACAAGAAGUCCCUGGAAAUGGCCAAGAAAUGCUCCAGUCCUCCGCCGUCGGACUCCACCCGCUCCGACCCGUUCUGUGAGCCCUCUGAGCGCCGACCUGCCGGGCCCCUGGAGGAGGGGGCGGAGCUUCUGGAGGGGGAGGAGACAGAGGAGGAGGAAGAGGAGGAAGUGGCCAUGGACCUGUCCAGCUCCUCCAAGCAGCAGCAGCAGCAGGAAGAGGCGGAGUCCACUAGGACCGCCCCCUCACCGCCGCCGCAGCAGAGCGCCGGCCAAUCAGACGAGCACAGCUAAGGUCGGCAGGGAGAGGAGGCGGAGUCACUCCUGAGAACUGGAAUCUGAUUGGCUCUUCUUUCAAGGAGCUCAGCCAAAAAACAGAUGUGACAUCAUCUGUUGCUAUGCAAACUCGCUGCACUACUCUCUGUGAAAUUAUUUGUUAUAUUUGUUACUCCAUGCCAGCUGUGUCCCCCCCCCCCCCUUCCUGAAGCUGACCAAUCAGAGAGGCGGGGCGGGGCUAGAGGCUGAUAACGUGUGUAUGUUGGGGGAGGGGGGGUGAAAUAAGUCAGGUCCUGCUGAAGGCUGGAGGUUCUGCUCACGGUCCGCCCUGCAGAACCUGGAGAACGUCGGACGGGCCUCCAGAACUCUGUAGAUCAAAGUGUUGUCUGCUCACUGGUUUGGUCACUUUUCCCCAUUUUUUAUUUUUAUCCAUGGGCUCCAGGAGGAAACCUUCUGUGUUGUUGCUGUUCUGUGUCUGUGGUCUGGAGCUCUGAAUGUAAACUGAAAGGAAUAUUUAUUGUUUAUUAUGAUCAUUGUUGUUAUUAUUAUUGUUAUUACAUGUCUGUACAGCCAUCACUCAAAGAAAAUAAAAAUAAGAUAUUUUUACAAACUUU